AGCAGGGCGUCCGGUUACAUCUCCGCCUUCUUCAGCCUCCCGCCGCUGAGCCGCUUGGUUUGCGGGACAGCAGUUCGGGAACAUGUUGGCCGCGAGCAGCCGGAGCGGGGCUGCGUGGACGCGGGCGCUGCUGCUGCAGCUGCUGCUGGCGGGGCCCGGGGGCUGCCUGAGCCGCCAGGAGCUCUUCCCCUUUGGCCCCGGACAUGGGGACCUGGAGCUGGAGGCGGGAGACGACCGCGUCUCCCCUGCCCUGGAGCUGAGCUGGGCGCUGCGCUUCUACGACAAAUCCGACAUCAACUCCGUCUAUGUCACCACAAAUGGCAUCAUUGCCAUGAGUGAACCCCCGGCCAAAGAAUCCCAUCCUGGGCUCUUCCCACCAACCUUUGGCACAAUCGCGCCUUUCCUGGCGGACUUGGACACCACAGAUGGCCUCGGAAAGGUUUAUUAUCGAGAAGACUUAUCCCCCUCCGUCACUCGGCUGGCAGCAGAGUGUGUCCGGAGAGGGUUCCCGGAGGUCUCUUUCCAGCCCAGGAGUGUGGUGGUCGUCACUUGGGAGUCUAUGGCCCCCUACCAAGGGCCCAGCAGGGACCCUGCCCAGGAAGGCAAGAGAAACACGUUCCAGGCUGUUCUGGCCUCCUCUGAUUCCAGCUCCUAUGCCAUUUUCCUUUACCCUGAAGACGGUCUGCAGUUCCAUACGACGUUCUCAAAGAAGGACGAGAACCAGGUCCCUGCUGUGGUCGCGUUCAGUCAAGGUUUAGUGGGGAUCCUAUGGAAGAGCGAUGGCGCUUAUAACAUAUUUGCUAAUGACAGAGAAUCGAUUGAAAAUUUGGCCAAGAGCAGCAACUCCGGACAGCAGGGCGUCUGGGUGUUUGAGAUUGGGAGUCCGGUCACGGCCAGUGGCGUGGUGCCCGCGGAUGUGAACCUUGGACCUGACGACGGAGCAGUGUAUGACGAUGAGGAGGAUGAAGAUUAUGACCUGGCGACCACCCGUCUGGGCCUGGAGGAUGCGGGCACCACAUUUUUCCCCUACGGGAAUCCUAGAAGGGGAGAUGCCAACACAUACAACCACCCUGGUGUCCUCUCCCCACGCCAGGCGGCCACAGAGAGAUCCUCUGGAUCUCCCACUGAGAGGACCAGGUCUUUCCAGUUGCUUGCAGAGAAGUUUCCCCAGCAGCACGCACAGGUCAUAGAUGUGGACGAAGUUGAAGAAACAGGGGUUGUUUUCAGCUACAACACGGACUCCCGCCAGACGUGUGCCAACAACAGACACCAGUGCUCGGUGCACGCGGAGUGCAGGGACUUCGCCACGGGCUUCUGCUGCAGCUGCGUUGCUGGCUACACGGGCAACGGCAGGCAGUGUGUUGCGGAAGGUUCCCCCCAGCGAGUCAAUGGCAAAGUGAAAGGAAGGAUCUUUGUGGGGACCAGCCAGGUCCCCAUUGCAUUUGAGAACACUGACCUCCACUCUUACGUGGUCAUGAACCACGGACGCUCCUACACGGCCAUCAGCACCAUUCCCGAGACCCUCGGGUACUCUCUGCUUCCUCUGGCCCCGAUUGGAGGCAUCAUCGGAUGGAUGUUUGCGGUGGAGCAGGACGGAUUCAGGAAUGGGUUCAGCAUCACUGGGGGCGAGUUCACCCGCCAGGCCGAGGUGACCUUUGUGGGGCACCCGGGCAAGCUGGUCAUGAAGCAGCGGUUCAGCGGCAUUGACGAGCACGGGCACCUGACCAUCGACACGGAGCUGGAGGGCCGCGUGCCGCAGAUCCCGUUCGGCGCGUCCGUGCACAUCGAGCCCUACACGGAGCUGUACCACUACUCCAGCUCGGUGAUCACAUCGUCCUCCACCCGAGAGUACACGGUGACCGAGCCUGGGCGAGACGGGGCUGCUCCUUCACACACCUACACUUACCAGUGGCGCCAGACCAUCACCUUCCAAGAGUGCGUCCACGACGACUCCCGGCCGGCCCUGCCCAGCACCCAGCAGCUCUCGGUGGACAGCGUGUUUGUCCUGUACAACCAGGAGGAGAGGAUCUUGCGCUAUGCUCUGAGCAACUCCAUCGGGCCUGUGAGGGACGGCUCUCCCGAUGCCCUUCAGAACCCCUGCUACAUCGGCAAUCAUGGAUGUGACAGCAACGCGGCCUGUCGCCCCGGUCCUGGGACACAGUUCACCUGCGAGUGCUCCAUUGGCUUCCGAGGAGAUGGGCGGGCCUGCUACGAUAUCGACGAAUGCUCAGAACAGCCCUCGGUGUGUGGGAGCCACGCAAUCUGCAAUAAUCACCCAGGCACCUUCCGCUGUGAGUGCGUGGAGGGCUACCGGUUUUCGGACGAGGGAACGUGUGUAGCUGUGGUGGACCAGCGCCCCAUCAACUACUGCACCACUGGCCUGCAUGACUGCGACAUCCCCCAGCGGGCCCAGUGUGUCUACACAGGAGGCUCCUCCUACACCUGCUCCUGUUUGCCGGGCUUCUCCGGGGAUGGCCGAGCCUGCCAAGAUGUGGAUGAAUGCCAGACAAGCCGAUGUCACCCCGACGCCUUCUGCUACAACACUCCUGGCUCCUUCACCUGCCAGUGCAAACCCGGUUACCAGGGAGAUGGCUUCCGUUGCGUGCCUGGAGAGGUGGAGAAAACCCGGUGCCAGCUGGAGCAAGAACACAUUCUCGGGGCAGCGGGGCUGGUGGACCCACAGCAGCCCAGGCCACCGGGGCUGUUUGUCCCCGAGUGUGAUGAGCAUGGACACUAUGUGCCCACUCAGUGCCACGGCAGCACCGGCUACUGUUGGUGUGUGGAUCGUGACGGUCGUGAGGUGGAGGGCACGAGGACCAGACCCGGGAUGAGGCCCCCGUGUCUGAGCACAGUGGCUCCCCCUAUUCACCAGGGACCCUCAGUGCCUACCGCGGUGAUCCCCCUGCCCCCGGGGACCCACUUACUGUUUGCCCAGACUGGGAAGAUUGAGCGCCUCCCCCUGGAGGGAAGCAACAUGAAGAAGACGGAAGCCAAGGCCUUCCUCCACGUUCCGGCUAAAGUCAUCAUUGGACUAGCGUUCGACUGUGUGGACAAGAUGGUUUACUGGACAGACAUCAGCGAGCCUUCCAUUGGAAGAGCCAGUCUGCAUGGCGGAGAGCCAACCACCAUCGUUCGACAAGAUCUUGGAAGUCCAGAAGGCAUCGCACUUGACCACCUCGGCCGCAACAUCUUCUGGACGGAUUCCCACCUGGAUCGAAUAGAAGUCGCAAAGCUGGACGGCAGCCUGCGCCGGGUGCUCUUUGAGACGGACUUGGUGAAUCCCAGAGGCAUCGUCACGGACUCCAUGAGAGGCAACCUUUAUUGGACAGACUGGAACAGAGAUAACCCCAAAAUCGAGACUUCCUACAUGGACGGCACGAACCGGAGGAUCCUGGUGCAGGACGACCUGGGCUUGCCCAACGGGCUGACCUUCGACGCCUUCUCAUCUCAGCUCUGCUGGGUGGAUGCAGGCACCAACCGGGCCGAAUGCCUGAACCCCAGUCAGCCUGGCAGACGCAAGGUUCUCGAAGGACUCCAGUACCCUUUUGCUGUGACGAGCUACGGGAAGAAUCUGUACUACACAGACUGGAAGACGAAUUCCGUGGUUGCUGUCGAUCUCGCUAUUUCCAAAGAGAUGGAUACCUUCCACCCCCACAAGCAGACCCGGCUAUAUGGCAUCACCACAGCCCUGUCUCAGUGUCCUCAAGGUCACAACUACUGCUCAGUGAACAAUGGUGGCUGCACCCACCUCUGCUUGGCCACCCCAGGGAGCAGGACCUGCCGUUGCCCUGACAACACCCUAGGAGUUGAUUGUAUUGAACGGAAAUGAAGACAAGAGUGGCUCAUUCCCUUUCCAAGUAUUUCACAGCAAUACCCUACUUGAAACUACUUGGUCUAGACUGAAAAUUGUCCUCUGGCUGAGUGGCCACUAGGUCCAAGUCUAGCCCAGCCUGAGCCCCAACAACCUUUCCCUCACUGUUCCCCAAUAUGUGCACCCUGGACUUCUGGGAUGGAAAAGUCUCUACUCCUACAAUAGGACAGAACCGCCCCCCGCCAUCAGACAAGCUUAUUCAGCCCUGGGUGAGGAUUAUGUGCCCAUCUCAGUUCCCUGGACCUUUUCCCAAUCCUAGCCCCCCAGUGGUAAGCAGAACCUCCCAGUCUGAGUUGCCCCCUUCCCUGUGGCCUUACGAGCUCAGCCUCACUCUGAGGUACCCACCAUCCUGUCAGCUCCUUGACACACCAGCCAGGGCCUGGCCAGGCAAGGUUGGGAGUGAAGGAGGGUGUUAGCCCUCCUACAAUUUUUCUCUUGGUGCUCUGAUUUCCCUCUUUAUACUCCCAUUGUUUUACUCCUCAGUUCUUCAUCACCUUCAUCCUGUCCAAGAUCCCCAUUAUAUUGAUCAACUUCUGCCUUUUGAUCAAAACCUACCAUGUCCUAGGGAUAUGUAAGUAUUUGGUGGAUGAUAAUGAGCAGCCCCUACCAGAUAGGAUAUUUGUUUUUGAGCUGUAGGGUAUUGACAUUUGGUAGUCAAAGGCUUAAGUUAAAGGGGUGUCUAUUGGUAGGAAUUUCAAGGUAUAGAGUCAGAAACUUGAGUUUAGGGAAUCAUUAUGAUGUGCCUUAAGCUUUUCCAAAGAUUAUCAAAUUAUUCCUCUUUGCCCACAACACCUGCAUCCCAGCUUCUGGUCUUUGAUAUUAUGCUGGUCUUAAGCCCCACUGUUGGAACCAAUGUCCAGCUUCCUCAUAGAGACCAAUUUGAGACACCGGCUGGGGCUGAUACCAGGUGAUGAUCCACCAUAAUCCCUCACCUCCCCUCUGGCCUUCACUCCUGAGAACCAAUUUACAUUCAACCAUGAAUUCACUCCUCCUUUGUUUCUCCCUCUAUCUGUGCCCUUUUCUGGCUGUAUUCUCAUCUAAAGACACAAUCCAGAAAGACUGAAUUGAAUAUUUAUACUAAUGGUCCAGAUCCUAUUUAUUGUCCAUUGGUAGAAUUAAAAGGGACCAUCACAACAUUUCAUGUUUAUAUUUCUACAAUUUGUUUAGAAAACAUCUCCUCACCACGUCAGUAGCUAGUGUUAUCUUUUUAUCAACUGCUUCCCAGAGUCCUAAAACAAUAGAAAUUUUGGAUUGGAAGUUGAGCAAAAGGGCUUUGAGUCAGUAAAGGAUGGGGUAAGGGAGUAGAGAAGACUCAGUGAAAAGUAUCACAAAGAGCUUGAUCAAGAACAGGAAUGGAAAACCCAAGAGGAAGAGGUAGGGGAGGACAUUUAGGAACAACAAUAAUAGGCCGGGCGCGGUGGCUCACGCCUGUA